CUAAGUUACAGCCCCUAUGCGCUCUGUCCGUCCCGUAAACAGAAGCUAGCCAGAUGCUAAGUUUAAAUGUGUGGUGAUAUACAGGGUUUCGAGUGGUUUGUAGUCUUUCAAACGGCUCGUUUGGAGCCAUGGCAGCUAUAAAGGACGGAGAGUACACGGCCACCAUCUACAAACUGAUUAAAGAUGGGCAUUAUUUAGAUGCAAUUCACAUCCUAAACGGCCAGCUUCAAAAACAUACCAAGUCCAGGGCAGCUCUGUCUCUGCUGGGCUACUGCUACUAUCACAUCCAGGAAUUCAUCAACGCUGCCGAGUGCUAUGAGCAGCUCACGCAGCUGCACCCAGAGGUGGAGGACUACAAAGUGUACUACGCCCAGUCCCUCUACAAAGCUGGUGCUUAUCCUGAGGCGAAUAAGGCUUCCUUCGUACUGGACAACACCAGCAGUCACACCAAGAUGGUCAAGCUUCAAGCAUCCAUCAAAUAUUGUGAGGAGGAUUAUUCUGCUUCCAAGUCCCUGUUGGAGCAGCUGCCCCAGGAUGACCCAGACUGCAUCCACAAUAUAGGCUGUUUGCUUUACCAGGAUGGAAAGUACGAGGAUGCCUGCAAGAAGAUCAUGUCUGCGCUGCAAGUUGUGGGAUACGUGCCAGCGCUGUCCUACAACAUCGCUCUCUGUUUCUACAGCCUGAAGAACUAUGCUCAGGCCCUCAAAUACAUAGGAGAGAUCAUAGAACGAGGCAUGAGGGAACAUCCAGAGCUGAGUGUCGGGAUGACGACUGAAGGCAUCGAUGUCCACAGCGUGGGCAACACCCUGGUGCUGCAACAGACGGCUCUGAUCGAAGCCUUCAACCUCAAAGCCGCCAUCGAAUAUCAGCUGAAGAACUUGAAAAGAGCUCAGGAGUCUCUGACAGACAUGCCCCCCAGAGCCGAAGAGGAGCUGGACCCAGUGACGCUCCACAACCAGGCUCUGGUUAACAUGGACACGAAGCCAUCAGAGGGUUUUGAGAAGUUGGCCUUCCUGCUGCAGCAGCCCUCCUUCCCCCCCGUCACCUUCGGAAACCUGCUGCUGCUCUACUGCAAACACGAGUACUUUGACCUGGCGGCUGACGUCCUGGCAGAGAACGCCCAUCUCACCUACAAGUUCCUGUCCCCGUACAUGUACGAGUUUCUUGACGCCUUGUUAACCUGCCAGACAGCACCAGAGGAGGCGUUUAGGAAGUUUGACGAGAUGAACGCCAAACUGACCGAGCAGCUGCGAAAAUUGGCCAAGCAGGUGCAGGAAGCCCGGCUGGCACGAGAUGAGGAAGCACAGAAGAAAGCUCUGGCCGACUGCGAACUGAUGCAGGAAAAGUACAUCGUGGUCCUGAUGGCUCAGGCCAAGAUCUACUGGAACCGGGAGAACUUCCAGAUGGUGGAGAAGAUUUUCCACAAGUCGGUGGAGGUUUGUAAUGAGGAAGACACUUGGAAGCUGAACGUGGCCCACGUGCUCUUCAUGCAGAACAAGUACAAGGACGCCAUCGGCUUCUAUGAGCCCAUCGUCAAGAAGCACUACGAUAAUGUGGAGCAGUGUAACAUUCAGGAGUGUCCCUGCAAGUGCAAACCUUCGAUCCUGAACGUGAGCGCUGUGGUCUUGGCCAACCUGUGUGUGUCCUACAUCAUGACGAGCCAGAAUGAAGAGGCUGAGGAAUUGAUGAGGAAGAUUGAGAAAGAGGAGGAGCAGAUUUCCUAUGACGACCCUGACAAGAAGGUUUUCCACCUCUGCAUCGUAAACCUGGUUAUUGGGACGCUGUACUGUGCCAAGGGAAAUUACGACUUUGGCAUCUCUCGUGUUAUCAAGAGCCUGGAGCCGUACAAUAAGAAGCUGGGGACGGACACAUGGUUCUACGCCAAGCGUUGUUUCCUGUCUCUGCUGGAGAACAUGUCCAAACACAUGGUCAUGCUGAGGGACGCUGUUGUAGAGGAGUGUAUUCAAUUCCUGGAGCACUGCGAGGUCUACGGGAAGGAAGUGCCGGCUAUCAUCGAGCAGCCUCUGGAGGAGAUUCACAUUCACAUCGGCAAGAACACCGUCACCUACGAGGCUCGACUGCUCAAGGCGCUGUUCUAUGAUGUUAUUGGCUGGAACAAGUGACAUCAUCACACAGUGUCAGCCAGAGAUGGUAUUUUGUCAAUAAAGUCGACUCACGGAUAAUUAACCUGAAGCCAGAGACAAUCAACACUAUACACCUCAGGGAAGCUUCUAUAAAGAAGUGAGAGGGUGAGUUGAAGCAGAAGAGUUAAGAGAACAGACAUUAGGAGGUCUGGUUCAGUGAUCUCAGCUCUUACAGUAAUAGUCAGUAAUACUCGCUGUGCAGAGUAUGAUGAGCUUCUUUUAUUAGCGCUGUUUAUUCUACUCAACAUUAAAUACAUAAACACUUUGUUUAAAGUUCACCUUAAUACAUUCAUGAUUCAUGCGUAUAUCCUCUUUGGUGAGCGUGUUUUCUAUACUAUUCAUAACAUUAUUAUCAAUAACAAAAAAUGUAUUUAAGAACAAUAAAGAUUUUCAUGUUUGUAAGAAGUGCCCUGCAAUUUUUUCCUGUGAAAUAAUGAAUGUGUUUAUUCACAGCUGUAGCAGUUUUCAUAAACAGGGAUGUUCCAUUGAGCCUUUUAAUAUUGUUAACUGACUGUUUAUUUUUCUUAAGAAUUGUUACAGAAAUGUCAGAAUCACAAUUUUGUCUGUAAAAGGCCUAAGUAGUCCAAUCCAAUGGGCAAACGGGCAUUCCUAGACCCCCUGAUCCCAUAUUCUGUGACCCUCUGACUCCCUGAUCCCUGACUCCCUGAUCACUGACUCCCUGAUCACUGAGCUCCUUACUCCGCACCUUCCCACUGUUUCUGUUUGUAACACUUUGAAAACCAUCAGUCGGACACCUGCCCUCUUUAUACAAUGACAGCAAACUACAAACCAGGAGACAACCACGGUUGUUUGUCACUAGGGUUGCAAAAUUCAAGGAAUAUUCAAAGUUGGAAACUUUCCAUAGGAAUUAACGGGAAUAAACUCGAAAUUUUGGGGUAAUUUAUACUUACUGUAUUUACCUUGUCAUAUACAGACAAAAAUAUAAACAUUUUGUUUUGUCAUAA